UUAUUAUAAAAGAAGAAGAUCAUUGUAUUAGAUGAAGCCACUGCUAAUCUUGAUAUGAAAACUGAUGAUUUUAUUUAAAAUACACUUAAGCAAUAGCUUAAGGAAUGCACUCUUAUUACAAUUGCUCACAGAUUGAAUACAAUUGCUGAUUAUGAUAAAGUAAUGGUCAUCGAAAAUGGAAAUGUUAUUGAGUUUGAUUAGCCUUUCAAUCUUUUGGCAUAAUCACUCAAUUCAACAAUAAUAGAUAAACAAUCUCAGUUUUCUAAACUUGUUUUAAAUACAGGGGAAUCUAAUGCUUAAGCUAUUUUUGAUAUUGCAAAAAAAAAAUCGAUUCAAACUUGCAAAUGAUUUAAUAUUUAAUUUUUAAUAGCGUUAUUUAAAAUACAUUUAA